GGCCACAAUACUUGUGACGAAUUUCAGUACGGACGGUUGUGUAUAAUUCUCGCAUGUUUUGAAACUACAACGUAAACAUUUGUUGUAAAAUCCUGUGGUAAUUUUGUUAUAAAUUAGAGUAAAAAAUAAUAUAAACAAAACUACACAAUUUUAAGUGAAGUUAGAGUUUAUUGGUGAAAUUUAAAUACUUAUUUUUGUAUUUGUAAAUUAAUUGAGUAAUUGUCAUUUUAAAUCGAUAAUUAAAAAUGAUUGGAUCAGAAGAAACGCCUGUGAAAAUCGAAUUCAAAAAGAAGAAACGGAAUAUUCCAUUGAGGACAAGAAAAGUUUACAGUUCUGACAGCGAUGAUGAUAAAAAUUACUCCGUAAUGAGUAAAAUUGAAGAAACAAAAAUUAUACAAAAGUUGCGGGAAAAACCCAAUGGAGUUGACGUCAGAGGUUUAGCUCUUGGGGAUAGAGUUACCGGUGAUGGUGUUGGUAAUUCUUCAGAUCCAUUUAAGGUAAAAUCGGGCGGAAUGGUCAGUUUGUCCAAUUUAAAAAAUCUCAAAGCCAAGGACGAUGCGUACGAUACAGGGAUCGGUACGCAGUUCAACGCUGAGACCAAUAAACGAGACGAAGAUGAAGAAAUGGUGAAGUAUAUUGAAGAACAAUUGACGAAGCGUAAAAAUAAUUUGAGUAAUAAUCCAGAUAAUCAAUUAGACAGCGACAAAAAUAAUUACUGCUCACCGGAAGAAGCAGCUUUGCAAGCAGUACCUGAACAUUUGAGACAAAGUUCGACUCAAAAGAGCGAAGAAAUGUUGUCUAAUCAAAUGUUAUCUGGUAUACCGGAAGUUGAUUUAGGAAUUGAAGCUAAAAUAAAAAAUAUUGAAGCUACUGAAGAUGCUAAAUUGAAAUUGCUGUGGGAAAAACAUCGGAAACAAGAUGGACCGUCGCAGUUCGUGCCUACCAAUAUGGCUGUUAAUUUUGUUCAACACAAUAGAUUUAACAUCGAUGACAGUGAUUCGAAAAAAGCCAAGCAGGAUUUAUAUAACAAAAGGAAAGCUCAAGAAGACUCGAAAAAACGGUCAAAGGACGGGGUUGAAAAAGCUACUGAUGAUUAUCAUUACGAGCGGUUCAAAAAACAAUUUAGAAGAUUUUAAUUUUAUGUAUAUAGUUUAGUUUUGUUUAAUAUUGUAUUUUAUAAGUUACUAGUUACUAGAAUAUAUAAUUUAAAAACUUUAAA